ACUUCCGGUUGCCAUGUAGUCGCGCAGGUCCAGGAAACACAAUUUGACUUGGUAACAAAACUCCACGGAACACCUGUCAAAUGAUAUGUCGGUAUACUCUUGCUAUUUACAGAAAAUGCCCUGGACACAGCGGCAAAUGUGGACUGUUAGAGACUUGGGCCUCAGUUGUACACAUGAAAAGUGACCAUUAAAUGUUAAAAGUGACAACGCCUGAGGACGUUUCUGCGACAGUCAACACCAGAGCCACAAGCUAGCAAAGAUUUUAAAGUGCUCCAGAGGACAACAUUCCGGAAGAGGGUGGAGAAGGAUUGACAGACGAUGAUGCUGUAACUGUCCAGCAGGGAGGGGAGGUUCUGCUUGAUGGACUCAGUUCAAUAACCCUCAUAUGGAUCUCUGACCACAGGAGACAGGAGAGUGUCAGUACUAAUGCCAGAAGAAGUCUGACUGUUCCAACCACAGCUGAGAGAGCUGCGCGGGUGUGAGUGAGCAGCCUGGCUGGACCUCUUCCCCCGUCCUUAAUCCUCCCACCUACCCAGUCUGUCUCUGGCACCAUGCUGGUGCACUGGUUGGCCUGGAUGGUCCUGUUGUCUCUGGACUGGGCUCCAGGCAGCUGGGCCUUCAUCACCACCAGGGCUCAGGGGCUGAGGGGUCGCAUCCAGAGAGACCGCAGAAACAUCCGGCCAAACAUUAUCCUCAUCAUGACAGAUGACCAAGAUGUGGAGUUGGGUUCAUUACAGGUCAUGAACAAAACCCGUAAGAUCAUGGAAGAUGGAGGCACAAGUUUCACCAACGCCUUUGUCACCACACCCAUGUGCUGCCCGUCUCGUUCCUCCAUGUUGACGGGAAAGUACGUCCACAACCAUAACACGUACACCAACAAUGAGAACUGCUCCUCCCCUUCCUGGCAGGUUCAGCAUGAGCCGCGCUCAUUCGCUGUCUAUCUAAACAACACCGGCUACAGGACAGGCUUCUUCGGCAAGUACCUCAACGAGUACAAUGGCAGCUACAUCCCACCUGGGUGGCGUGAAUGGCUUGGAUUGAUAAAAAAUUCCCGCUUCUAUAAUUACACUGUCUGUCGCAAUGGUUACAAAGAGAAACAUGGUGCCGAUUAUGCCAAGGACUAUUUCACAGACCUGAUCACCAACGACAGCAUCAACUUUUUCCGCAUGUCCAAGCGGGUUUACCCUCACCGCCCUGUGAUGAUGGUCAUCAGUCACGCUGCUCCGCACGGCCCCGAGGACUCAGCUCCUCAGUUUGCUGAGCACUUCCCCAAUGCUUCACAGCACAUCACGCCCAGCUACAACUAUGCCCCAAAUAUGGACAAACACUGGAUCAUGCAGUACACCGGCCCCAUGAAACCCAUCCACAUGGAGUUCACAAACUUCCUCCAUCGGAAGAGGCUGCAGACACUCAUGUCCGUGGAUGACUCAGUGCAGAAGGUUUAUGAGAUGCUAGAGGAAACUGGGGAGCUGGACAACACUUACAUCAUCUAUACAGCAGACCACGGCUACCACAUCGGUCAGUUUGGAUUGGUCAAAGGCAAGUCAAUGCCUUAUGACUUUGACAUUCGUGUGCCGUUUUUCCUGAGAGGACCAAACGUAGAGCCAGGAGCUGUAAACCCUCAUCUGGUACUGAACAUAGACCUAGCUCCCACGAUCCUCCACAUAGCAGGGCUGGACACGCCUCCAGACAUGGAUGGAAAGUCCAUUCUUAAACUGCUGGAACAGGAACGGACUGGCAAUAGAUUCAAACCCAACCGGAAACCCAAAGUCUGGAGGGACACAUUCCUGGUGGAGCGAGGAAAGAUCCUGAGAAAGAAGGAUGACUCACCAAACACUCAGCACACCAACAGCCUUCCCAAAUACAAGAAGGUCAGAGAGACCUGCCAGCAGGCUGAAUUCCAGACACCCUGUGAACAGCCCGGACAGAAAUGGCAUUGUGUGGAAGAGAUCACAGGGAAGUGGAGGAUACAGAAGUGUAAAGGCGGAUCCAAAGAAGGCUCCAGGAAGCGGGCCCGCAGCCUGAAGCCUCGCAGCAGUUAUGACAACAGAGAGCGGGGCUGCGACUGCAGCGACCCUGCCUUUAAACCCCCCAGGAGCGACCGCCGCUCCCAUCGACAGUUCUCCUCAUCCGGCCAGCGUUAUCGGCCACGUUUUGUUCACACGAGGCAAGCCCGCUCUCUAUCUGUGGAGUUUGAGGGUCAGAUUUAUGAUGUCGACCUUCAAGCGGACGAUCAGUCAGCUAUUCGCCGCCGUGUCAUCUCAAAGCGUCACUACAAUCCUGAAGACCCAGAGUUUGAUUUGGGGACUGAUGAUGCUUCAGAGGAGAUGCUGGCGGACGACACCAACACUGUGGGAUACCAAAACUCAGUGAAGGUUACACACAAGUGUUUUAUCCUGAUGAAUGACAGCGUCCAUUGUGAAAGAGAGAUCUACCAGUCCUCCAGAGCCUGGAAAGACCACAAGAGCUACGUGGACCAGGAAAUUGAAGCCCUUCAAGACAAAAUCAAAAACCUCCGAGAAGUAAGAGGCCACCUGAAGAGGACACGACCGGACGAGUGUGACUGUGGAAAGAAGGGCAGCUAUUUUAGCAAAGGGGACAGAAAAGCAGAGAGAUUGAAGAGCAGGAAUGAUCAACUCCAUCCGUUUAAAGAGGCCGUGCAGGAAGUCGAUGGAAGGGUUCAGCUAUACAAUGAGAUCAGGAGAAGGAAGAAAGAGAGGAAGGAGAAGAAGCGGCUGAGGAAAGGAGACGACUGCAGCUUGCCGGGCCUCACCUGCUUCACACAUAACAACGACCACUGGCAGACCGCUCCCCUCUGGUCAUUGGGUGGAUUCUGUGCCUGCACCAGCUCCAACAACAACACCUACUGGUGCCUGAGGACCAUCAACGAGACCCACAACACACUGUUCUGCGAGUUCUCCACUGGCUUCCUGGAGUACUUUGACCUCAACAGUGACCCCUACCAGCUAACCAACGGCGUAUAUGCAGUCGAUCGGGAGGUCCUGAACUCUCUUCACGCCCAGCUCAUGGAGAUGAGGAGUUGUCAAGGCUACAAGCAGUGUAACCCCCGCCCCAAAGGCUUGGAUACAGCUCACAGCCCGUAUGGGACGGACGACAGGGUUAAGCUGCCCAACCUGACGGACGAGGAGGUGAACUGGCAGGGACUGGAGGAUCUGUAUAGCAUAAACGAAAGCCUUUAUGAAUGUAGGCCUGACUACAGCACCAGCCCAGACAACUGGGCCAACUUCCAGAAGGAUGUAGAUAAUAUGUUUGCACUGCGACACGUUUUAAACAAAUCCAACCGAACUCACGAGCCUGACGACUCCACCCUGCCAGAGCUGGGCUCCGGGGCCGGGGGUGGAGGCCUCGAAGAGGGCAGCGGAGAAGAGUUGGCCUCAGCCAGCGACGUCUGGCCAGGCACAGCAACAGAGGCCCACCCCACCACCCCCGCCCCCUACACAACGCCACCAGCACCACCCACAUCCACACCCAGGUCCACACUGGAGGGGAAGCUGGAAUCUGCCAACGAGCUUCCUGAGGGACUAAAGGACAGACCUGGUGGGUCUGUAACGUCAGCGUCACCAGCAGCUCCGAGGAGAGACGGGCUGUUCUUCCAAAGCGACAUGUGGGCACAGCAGCUGGAGGAGAUCGAGGGAGACGUGUUCAGUGGGAACGGACUGACCGAGCUGGAGACGAGACACGACAGAGUGAUGCGCACCCACAACAGCCUGCAGUCGCAGCCCGGAGUGGACACGGGCCCUCAAGGUCUCGGCCUGGGCCUCGACAUGGAAGAAGAGGAGGACAUUUUCAAAGCCCAAGGCUACCUCCCCUUCUCCCCACAGACACUGAGGCCCGAGGUGCAGACCAGCACCCCUGGGAGCCCCCCACCCUCACAGAGCAGCCCUCCACAGAGUGUCGGGCUGGUUCUUCAGGUACUGCCUCAGUCCGCACUGCCCCUCAACUUGAACUACGAGGGUAGCGGCUCUCUGCCUCCACCCUCCAAUCAGACCCUCUGAGGCAGACGCAGGCACUGACCCACCAGCCAAUGAGCUGCUGGUCUCCACAGAGACGCAGAGACACAGUGACUGGGAGAUGAGCUCGCCAAGAGCGACGGCGAGUGACCCCACCUCGGUCAGCGUUGUAUAAUGAGUAUUAAAGUUAUUGUUUAUUUUUUUACAGGUGCCUACAUUUAUUAGUAAACAGUGUUAUGUUUUUUAAAUCUAUAUUUAGAAAAGAAAGCCUUAAUGCAGCUAAACUUGAGUGAUGGGAUUAAGAUGGAUUAAUCCCACAAAGAUAACACCGUUGAUGUUUUUAAUAUAUGUUUUUAAGAAAAACAAGCGUGAGUGGGACGAUUCAGCUGAAUGAGCGGUUAGCAUUAGCUUUAGGUACUCUACAGUCUUUAAUCAAAUCUUCACUAAUCUGCCCGGCGACAGGACGCUUCAUGUGAACACUGCUGGCUCACUUAUUGAAUCAAAGGCGACAUUUGACCCCAAUGCACUUUUACCUUCAACCUCCACUCUGUGUGUGUGGAGACAACAUUUGUGUCCAUUGUUAACUCAGAUUUAUGAAAUGAUUUCUCUUUUUUAAGAAACUUUUUUACACUUCUGGGAAAAGUUACAGAAUCAGCAUCAACAGGAGAAAAACUAAAUUAGAAAGGAUUUUUAAACUUUUAACUCCUUUUCCAUCGUCUGUUAUCCAACAACACUUUGGACAAUCAUCACUAGAGUUGUUCUUCCGCAGUGAAAGUGUGCAUUUAUUCGUCCUACCAGGGAUCUAUUACAGCACCACAUCCACUCUGACUUUGUGGAGGUGCAGCAUCUUAAUCUUAACAUGACUAAACUCUUCUUUCCUUUUACACGAUCACCACAGCUCUAGAAAAUGUUCAUUGUGGAACUUCUUCCCGUGCUCUCAGCUGAUCAUGUGGUGUACGAUGUAGUGCUUUGAUAAUCCAGAGUAUAGUGUUGCACAUGGCCAUCGUUGGACGUACAGUCAUACUGUGCUUCUAAUCCGUUAUUGAACAUUUCUGCAGGUUGAUCAUCUCUGCUGAUGGUGACGCCUGGUCUCCACAGUGUGUACAGAAGUGUUAGGACAAACUGAGGUUUCAGGAAUCUCUUCAGAAAUAAACCAUUUCAACCCAAA